GUGAGGCGUAACACCAACCAUGCACCAACAUGUAUUAUGCAUGACAACUCGAUCGUCGUACGCUGGCAAAGGAUGACUCUGGGUUAAAUACAAGUUUGGCAAACCUGACGUUUUGUACGCUUUUUAUUAUAUUUUUUUAAUCGCUGCGUGUACUCCCACUAAAUUAAUUUUGUCAUGGCUGGUGGAUUCUCUCGUUCGUUGGAUUCUGUUAAGAGCGCCAUCAUCGUGAUUGGUUCGUCGUUGAUCAUCUUAGCAUGUAUGCGCAAUUCCUUAACAUGGCACCUGCAACAGUUCUGGGGAUCAUCCAAGAAUUUCUGGGAAACGAUUUGGUUCUCCUGCCAUUGGCUGUGUGGCAGAAGCAACUUUGUGACCUUUGUGUUUGGCUCUCAGUUUAUUUUAACAAUAUUGGUUUUCUGGCCAUUGAAUGCGCUGUUGAUGUAUACAGACCUCAAAGGAAAGAAAAGCAUUUUCUAUAAGUUCAAAGUUCAACAAGAUAAAAAUGUGCCAGUGAGUAAUAAAAAAUAA